UAUAUAUGUACGUACGUAAAAAUACGAAUGUAGAUGGCGUGUGUUUGUGUAUGCGGUUAGCACAAAUCCAACGAGAAAGAAACAACCAACGUUGGCUAUAUGUAUUAACUUCAAAAUAAAGUUCAGUUUAAGCUGGAGCGCAGGCAGUCGAGGUUGCGUCGUUUGUUCAUUCGGUCGGCUUUUUGGUCUUUCGGUUUUUUUUAUAUUUGGGCUUUCGGCUAGUUCCUAUAUUAUAUGUACGCAUGCAGAUACGUCAGGUACCAGACUCAAAAGAUAGAUUCAUGAGUACGACAACAGGAAAGGGACACGUCGCAAAAAGACUCUUCGGGAGAAGCAAAUUACCUUAAUAAUAUUAGCUAAAGUUAGUUAAAUAUGUCAAAUACGGCAUCCAGUAGUGGUACCGUCGGUAGCAUAGGAUUCACGCCACAGAUCACAGAUCAAGAAAAAUGGUCCGCCUUGAAGAUGAAACGACCUUCCUGCAGCGAAGGCCCAAAAUCUCUCGAAGAGCCAACGUAUCGAAAGAUUGGACGGCGAAAGAUACUGCAAAUCCAUGUCCAUGACCCUGGAACGACAACAACAGCAACAGAAACGGCAACGGCAAAACUCAAUAGAAUCUAUUUAUGUACAAUUAACCGAAUGGCACAGAGCUGUAUAUAUUUUGUAUUAUUUUUAGUAAUCCUAAGCCCAAAUACUAGUUGUGCUCUAAGGAGUAGUAAGGGUGAAACUCAGAAUUAUGCCGGAAUACUCAGCAACACGACCGCGACAACAUUAUAUGAUAUGUCUGCGUCGCAAAAUAGUAGAACCCCGGGCCUAUCAACAGAUGAUGAUCAUGUUGAUGUUAAUGAUAAAAAGCUCCAUAGUACCACCAAGGUCGAAUCAAGCCCGGGAGGUGGAAGAGCAGGUCAAGCACAGGCCAUUAGUGGCGGUGGCAAAUAUGAUUAUAACUAUGAAAAUACUCACACAAAUGCCAGUGCGAAAGAUAAAAAUGUUGACCCGCUUCUACAACAGCAGUCAAAUAGCCUCGACUUCGACGGGGUCGAUAUGUUUGGCGCCUUCAAUAUUCCAGAGGAGGCGAUAUACACGAACGAGUUCGCCGUUAACAUUCCAGCUGGCAAGCAUGUGGCCGAUGUCAUAGCUUCCAAACAUGGUUUUAUUAACAAGGGACAGAUUGGAUCGCUCGACAAUUACUACCUAUUCCAGCACCAUCACGUGUCAAAGCGCUCGCUGCGUUCCAGCCACAAGCAUCAGGGAGCUCUUAGAUCAGAGAACGAGGUAAAAUGGAUGGAGCAGCAGCAUGAAAAGGUGCGACGGAAGAGAGAUGGACCAUACCAGGGCUUACCCACCUACAGUCCGUAUAAUCUUUUACGCCAACCCGGCUACGCUGUCGAUCCGAAUCCGCAUCUUUCAUUCUCCCCAGAAUCAAUUUCGUUAUCCUCGCACUCGCCACGCAUGGAAUACCGGGAUGUUAGCUCACAUUUUAUAUUUCCGGAUCCGUUGUUUAAGGAACAGUGGUAUCUGGUGAGUAAAAAUGGCGGUGCCAAGGAUGGCUUAGACAUGAAUGUCGGACCAGCAUGGCAAAAGGGUUACACUGGCAAGGGCGUGGUCGUGUCCAUUUUGGACGAUGGCAUUCAGACAAAUCAUCCAGAUCUUGCCCAGAACUAUGAUCCAGAUGCCUCAUUCGACAUCAAUGGCAAUGAUUCGGAUCCUACGCCCCAGGAUAAUGGUGACAACAAACACGGAACCAGAUGUGCCGGCGAAGUGGCCGCUGUGGCUUUUAAUAACUAUUGUGGAGUUGGAGUUGCCUACAAUGCCAGCAUUGGUGGUGUCCGAAUGUUAGACGGAAAAGUCAAUGAUGUGGUAGAGGCCCAGGCCUUAAGUCUUAAUCCGGCGCACAUCGAUAUAUACAGCGCCUCUUGGGGACCGGAAGAUGAUGGUUCCACUGUUGAUGGCCCUGGGCCGUUGGCUCGGCGAGCUUUCAUCUAUGGAGUGACCAGCGGACGACAGGGCAAGGGAUCCAUUUUUGUGUGGGCCUCUGGCAAUGGUGGACGCUACACGGACUCCUGCAACUGUGAUGGCUACACCAAUUCGAUCUUUACCCUAUCAAUUUCAAGUGCAACUCAGGCGGGUUUUAAGCCUUGGUACUUGGAGGAGUGCUCUUCCACACUGGCAACAACCUACAGUUCUGGAACGCCGGGUCAUGAUAAGAGCGUUGCCACUGUUGACAUGGACGGCAGCCUGAGACCGGAUCACAUUUGCACAGUGGAACAUACGGGUACAUCGGCAUCGGCACCACUGGCAGCCGGCAUCUGUGCCCUUGCGCUAGAGGCAAAUCCAGAACUUACUUGGCGUGAUAUGCAGUAUUUGGUGGUAUAUACAUCAAGACCAGCGCCAUUGGAGAAGGAGAACGGUUGGACGCUGAACGGUGUGAAGCGAAAGUACAGCCACAAGUUUGGAUACGGAUUGAUGGAUGCCGGAGCAAUGGUGUCGCUAGCAGAGCAAUGGACAACGGUGCCGCCGCAGCACAUCUGCAAGUCGCGGGAAAACAAUGAGGAUCGUAAGAUUGAUGGCACAUAUGGGUAUACAUUGGCCACGCAUAUGGAUGUGAAUGGAUGUGCGGGUACACUCAACGAAGUGCGCUAUCUGGAACAUGUACAAUGUCGGAUAACUCUGCGGUUUUUCCCUCGUGGAAAUCUACGCAUUCUGCUCACCUCACCGAUGGGCACUACCAGUACAUUGCUGUUCGAACGGCCGCGUGACAUUGUCAAGUCCAAUUUCGAUGACUGGCCAUUCCUCAGUGUUCACUUCUGGGGCGAAAAGGCAGAGGGCCGCUGGACCCUGCAGGUGAUCAACGGCGGGCGACGGCGUGUCAAUCAACCGGGCAUCCUUUCAAAAUGGCAGCUAAUAUUUUAUGGCACCAAAACUCAACCUAUGCGUCUCAAGUCGGAGUUAUUAAACAGCAGUCCCCAGCUACGAAGCCCUAUUGGCUCCAAUCCAUUCCUUAUCCCGUCAGCUUCGAACAUUGGUCAGCCGGCCAACGAGGGUGGAAACUUCAACACGGAUAGCUUUGCUGGUUACCUCAAUUAUCAGAAUAUCUUUAGCAGCGCUGGUUCUAAUCCGGAGCCAGCAACAGCUACUCUUGACGGUCAGAACGUGACCGUUCCGAUAGCUUCCGGCUCAUCCGCUGAAUCCGUUGGUUUUACCGCUUCCGCUGCUCAACUGAUAGCUGCACCUGAUACGAGAGAUGGGGACAAGAAGAUCCUGCACUCUUGCGAUGCCGAGUGCGACUCCUCGGGUUGCUAUGGUCGUGGGCCCACUCAGUGUGUAGCCUGCAGUCACUACCGCUUGGACAAUACUUGUGUAAGUCGCUGUCCUCCGCGUUCCUUCCCAAAUCAAGUUGGAAUCUGCUGGCCAUGUCACGACACUUGCGAAACGUGCGCUGGCGCCGGACCCGACAGCUGUCUGACAUGUGCCCCAGCCCACUUGCACGUCAUCGAUCUCGCCGUAUGCCUGCAAUUUUGCCCGGAUGGAUAUUUUGAAAAUAGCAGGAAUAGAACCUGCGUUCCCUGCGAGCCCAACUGUGCCUCGUGCCAGGACCAUCCCGAGUACUGUACUAGCUGUGAUCACCAUUUGGUUAUGCAUGAGCACAAAUGUUACUCGGCCUGUCCUUUGGACACAUACGAAACGGAGGAUAACAAAUGUGCCUUCUGCCACUCGACUUGUGCCACCUGCAAUGGCCCAACGGACCAAAACUGCAUUACGUGCCGUUCGAGUCGAUAUGCCUGGCAAAACAAAUGCCUUAUUAGCUGUCCAGAUGGAUUCUAUGCCGACAAAAAACGUCUGGAGUGCAUGCCCUGCCAGGAGGGAUGUAAGACCUGCACCAGCAAUGGAGUCUGUUCCGAGUGCCUUCAAAACUGGACGCUGAAUAAGAGAGACAAGUGCAUCGUGGCCGGGAGUGAGGGCUGCAGUGAAUCUGAAUUCUUCAGCCAGAUCGAUGGGCAGUGUAGCCCGUGCCACGCCUCCUGCGGGAGUUGCAAUGGACCGGCAGAGACGAAUUGCAUGUCUUGCCCAUCGAGUCGACUGCUAGAACAGAGUCGGUGUGUGAGUGGCUGUCGUGAGGGCUUUUUCAUGGAAGCGGGCUCCGUUUGCUCACCAUGCCUGCACACAUGUAGCCAGUGCGUCUCGCGGACGAAUUGCAGUAAUUGUUCCAAGGGUCUGGAACUGCAAAACGGCGAAUGCCGCACCACCUGUGCCGAUGGUUACUACAGCGAUCGUGGCAUUUGCGCCAAAUGUUAUUUAAGCUGUCACACUUGCAGCGGUCCAAGACGAAAUCAGUGCGUCCAGUGCCCGGCAGGAUGGCAACUGGCCGCCGGUGAAUGCCAUCCCGAGUGCCCCGAAGGCUUUUACAAGUCUGACUUUGGAUGUCAGAAGUGUCAUCAUUACUGCAAGACAUGCAAUGAUGCUGGUCCAUUGGCCUGUACCUCGUGUCCGCCACACUCGAUGCUUGAUGGUGGUCUGUGUAUGGAGUGUCUAAGCUCACAGUAUUAUGAUACAACAACGGCCACAUGCAAGACUUGUCACGAUUCUUGCCGCUCCUGCUUCGGUCCCGGCCAAUUCUCCUGCAAAGCUUGUGCUCCGCCUUUCCACUUGGACCAGCUUAAUAGCCAGUGUGUAGCGUGCUGUAACAAUCUGACGAUCGUCAAGAAGUCCUUGUCGGCACCCUGCUGCAACUGUGAUGGAGAAACCGGCGAGUGCAAGGCCACGUCGACGGGUGGCAAAAGACGCACUGUUAUCGGCACCGGAAGUGCUUACAAAAGCAGCGAAUCUGUGCAUGGAUCAUUUGAGAGUGAUGGUAACAGCAGGGAGUUCGUCCUUCGACUGGACUCACCGCUAACGGCGAUCACAGCUAUUGCUGUGGCCAUAUGCCUCUUGAUUAUAACGAUAUUCUCCAUUAUCUUUGCUGUUUUACAGCGCAAUAGCAACCACGUAUCUAGAAAUUCAGUACGAUAUAGGAAAAUAGCAAACACAUCGUCGAGCAGACGAAAGAACUUGUCCGCUAAGCCCACCAGCGAUGCAAGAUUCAUUUUUAAUAUUGGCGAGGACGAUGAAACAGAUGGUGAUAAUACCGAGGAUGAGAUGGAUGGUAACGUGGGCACAGAUAUAAACAGGAUUGUUUACGAUCGCAAUGGCAAAGAUCAUGGACACGAAUUUUACAUUGAGAGUACAAAUGAUAUUGAUGCGAUCGAGUUUCACUGCAAAGGAGGAGCGCAGAAAGCAGAGUCCCAGACACGAAGGAGCAAUGAGAACGUUGGUAAUGAUGAUAAUGAUAAUGAUGAUAUUGUUCAUUAUAAUAUGAAUACGGAAAGAAAUCCGUCAACAGCAACAACAUCCCGUACAAACAUCCGUAGCUGAUUGAUUGUUAACGAUCAAUGGACAACACGCGACAGCGAACAUAAUUGUACCAACAAGAAUUUUGAUCUUGGCUUUCUUGCUCUGGACUAGUAAAUUGUAACCUUGCUUUGAGAGGAAUAUAGCGAAUCGAAAUAUUUAACAUCUGAAAAUGAUAAAAAUUUAUAUGUGAUUGUGAAUUGUUUUUAUAUAUAUAUUUGUAAAUUUAAUGUUUGUAUUAAAUUUUUAUGAAAAAUGUUAUGUCAAGUUGAACAAUGACAGUGUCUUUUUUUAUUGUUCCAGCCAAUAAUAUCUUUUCUAUUUUAAAGGGAAGAUUAAAAACAAAAAAGGUUUAGAUAAUGAACACCAAAAUAAAUUUCGAUCAAAUUAUUGGCAAAACGAACAAAAUAAAACAAAACAAUAUCGCUUUUGAUAAAAACAAAAUGAAAUUAGUCUUAGGAAUUAUUGUUUUUAGUUUAAUACAUUUUUUAAUAAAUACAAACACUUUUUAAAGAUGUGAACCGAUUAUUUUGU